AUGGCGACCGCCAUACAGGUAACUUUGUGUAUAAUAUUUAACGUUUGUAUUUUCGGGAUUCUUUAUCCGUUUACUGGAGUGUCUGCCCUUGUGGUAGAGAUUGAGAUCCCCAGUAAUGCACCAGAAGGUUUCAAAAUAACAAAAGUCGGUUGUACCGGAAAGGACAUCAUAUUUGACGUUCCAGGAAAUGAAGUCCAACUGUUUUCCAUAACGGAAACUGGUGAAUUGGUUUUAAAACAAACUGUAAAUAACUAUGAAAACCAACAACUGACGGUGUACAUAACUAGAUUAACAUCUACAGCAGGUUGUGUACAGUGUACAGAUAUACCCCAAAUUUCCAGUCUCCUCGUUUCGGUUAAACCUCCAUCACAUUUUAUAAGUUUUCCAGAGGACAAAAGAGAACUCCGGGGUUAUUUAGACCUGACCGGAUCCUCCCAGGUACAGGGAAAGGACAUCGAUAUCCUGUUCAGGACUUUUGAUUUCCUAUCCCCCACUUAUUCGCUCAUUGGAAGUAUGAAAGCAGCAGAUCUGUUUGAAUUUCGAAAAGACACAACUGGUAACUUGCAUUUACACAUGUCCAUCUCCAAUGUCCCCGCCUGUCGGAUUUACCGUCUCAUCUGUAAAAUGGUCACUGCGGACAAUCGUGUCUUGUUUACUGACCUCCGUGUGGAAAUGAUUAACGAGCACAACAUGAUGUCAGCCGUCAAUCACGACAACUACGGCGCGCGCGAACCAUCAGUAGCCAUUACUCCUAAUCAUGACCUUCAGACACAAGGCCAUGAUUUAACGGUCAUCUUUGACCAGUACAAGACAAUGACCGGUGAAUUGACCGCAAGACGGACAAACUUUCAUCAUAGACACAGGCGCCAGGUACAAACCGCCGCGGUCACUAAAACCAUCAGCGAGGGCACCACAGGAAUUCUCUACAACUUCACUAGACAAGGUACCGGAACCACAUUCCAGCUAAAACAGGCGGUACCGGAUAUGGUUACUGUGAACCAAAACGGUCAAGUAUUUCUCAAGCCGGGUCAGGUGUUAGAUUUCGACAACGGCCCGCAAUCGAUCCAGGUGGAGGUGUUCGAGACAACCGGAAAUAGUGGAACAGCGGAAUAUGAGCACACCUUAACUUUGACAAUUGAGAAUGUCAAUGACGAAAUCCCGAAUUUCACCAACAUUCCAACGCCAAUGUUAGCCACGGUGGACGCCUGGGCCCCCGUGGGGACCACUUUUUACACCCUGACGGCCCUGGACCAGGACCCCGGCAGUGUACUGGGAUUUUACAUGGAAGGAACAAGUACUAAAUUUGAGGUUGUGGAGCUGACAGGAGAAAUUAAAACAAAGGCCACCCUGACACAGAAUUAUGAUGAGGACAUCACUGUGUACUGUAAGGAUACCAGUGCUCCUACAGAGCAAAUCAGCAGUACGCAAAAAGUGUCCAUCACAACAAAAUAUCGGCCUCCGCAGUUUUAUCUCUCUGAGUACUUUGGACAUAUUCCCGAGAAUGCACGAACAGGACAAACCUUCAGUCUACAGAACUCUGAUUCAAAUAAUGUAGAUCUUCGGACUGUCAACUUUCAAAAUGGAGCCACAUCUUAUUCCAUUAUCAAUCCGAGGACACUGGGACCUAGUGCACAGUUUGACAUUACUCAAGAUGGGAAGCUGUUAACUCUGCAGGAGUAUGACCAUGAGAAGACACCACAGUAUAAUCUACUACUACAGGCCAGAGACAGCGCAUCACAGCUCACCAGUACAGUCAGCAGGGGCCACAGUGGUCAGUCAGUUAGAACCUUAGCCAGUAACUUCAGGUUGAAGAUCAGAGAUAUCAAGUUUGACAUUCCCUACCCCUGGUGA